AUGUCUGUUUUCCCCCUAAGAGCUCCUCCUGCCAAUUAUUCACCAUAUUCUCCAUCACGAUUUCACAUCGAUAAAAGAUGUCAACAUAGAUGUACCUGGAAGUGCUUUUCAAUUGCACUUAUCUUACUUAGUCUUAUAUUGACGGCUCUGUUAGCUUAUUUCGGAGCUGUCAGCACCGUAAACAAAACCGGAUCUGAUUCCACGACGUGUAUAUUAGUUGAAGAUGCCAAAGCCGUAUCAUCACAAGAAGGUGUUGAUCACGUGAUAUCUAUAUCGGAAAUAUCGGAUUUUGACGUGUCUUACCACUCGAAAAUCAACCCCCUUCAAUUUUGGAAUCUUCAAUUCAAAAACAAACAUCCGGCAUUCAUACGUUUAAAUUUUACUCUACCCUGGGGCUCUAAUUUUGCCGUUUACGGAAGGAGAAACGUCGCCCCGAGCGUGACGCAAUAUGAUUUUGUUGAAUUUGUUAAAGGCGGAAGAAUUGAUCGUCUUAAAAGAAACGCCGGAAAUGAUUAUGUUGGUAAUAACAUUUGGAAAAGGGAUACCAAUUCCGUUUUGUUCAUACACGGCGGUGGUGACGGUGACGGUGACGGUGUUAAUAAUAAUAAUAACUCGACGAAAUCUAAAAAACCGGAAAUAUUAAAACAUCGCGACGAAAAAAGAAGCAUAAAUGAAAAAAAUUUUACCAAAAGAAGUUACAUCGGAGAUAGUAAUACUAAUAAUAAUAAUAAUAAUAAUACAAUCAUGGUCAACGUGACACUUUUGCAAUAUUUCGAUACCGGAAUUUGGUUUGUCAGCGUUUAUAACGAUGACGUUUGGCCACACGAGGUUAAUCUCGUUAUAUCGGAAGCUGAAGGUGUGUCUACUGCUUGUCCAAACGAUUGUAGUUCACACGGAUCUUGUUAUCUUGGAAAAUGCGAUUGUAUAGACGGUUACGAAGGAAUAGAUUGUUCAAAAAGCGUUUGUCCCGUACUUUGUUCGAAUCAUGGUAAAUACGGUGGUGGAAUUUGUCAUUGCGAAGAAGGUUGGAAAGGACCGGAAUGUGACAUACCCAAACACGAUUGUCAAUCACCCGAUUGUUCCGGUCACGGUAAAUGCGUUAAGGGAUCUUGCGAAUGCGUUGUCGGUUGGAAGGGGAUCCUGUGUAACGAAGUGGAUUGCAUCGAUCCGAAUUGUAGCGAUCAUGGAACUUGCGUGAACGGAAAAUGUUAUUGUAAAGCCGGAUGGCAAGGGGUUAAUUGUUCCGCCCUCGACAAACAAGUUUAUCAGUGUUUACCAUCUUGUUCAGAACAUGGAACUUAUGAUUUAGAAACCGGAUCUUGUAAAUGUCAACCUUUUUGGACGGGAUCCGAUUGUUCGAAAGCUCUUUGUUCUUUGGAUUGUGGACCACACGGUAGAUGCGGACAGGGUAAAUGCGAAUGUACGGAUGGUUGGAUGGGUGAUAGAUGCGAUCUUCUUCCUUGCGACAAUCGAUGUCAAGAACACGGUCAAUGUAAAAAUGGUACAUGCGUUUGUUCUCAGGGAUGGAAUGGAAAACAUUGCACGAUACCCGGAUGUAAGAAUGCUUGUUCCAGACAUGGUAUGUGUUCUCUAGAAGAUGGCGAAUAUCAUUGCAUAUGUUCAAACGAAUGGGCAGGGGAUGAUUGUUCGAUACCAUUAGAACAACAAUGCAACGAUGAAAUCGAUAACGAUCAAGAUGGUAUGAUCGAUUGUUCGGAUUCAGAAUGUUGUUCUCAUCCUAGUUGUUCAGAUCACAUAAUGUGUUUGUCAUCAAAUGAUCCCGUCGAAGUCCUCCUACGUAAACAACCCCCCUCGGUCACUUCAUCAUUUUAUCAAAGAGUUAAAUUUUUAAUUGAAGAAAAUUCGGUACAAAGUUAUGCACACAUGGACGAAUAUUCCGAAAGUCGUGUUUCUGUAAUGAGAGGACGUGUAGUUACUCCACAGGGUCUCGGUAUUGUCGGAAUAAGAGUAUCCGUUGAUAAAGAUUCGAGAUUUGGAUUUACAUUGACAAGAAAUGGAGGAUGGUACGACGUUUUGGUGAACGGCGGUGGUGCCGUAACUCUUCAAUUUCAACGUUCGCCAUUUAAACCCUUGACAAAAACCGUUUUCGUACCUUGGAAUCAAAUCGUCGUUUUACCACCCAUACAAAUGCAUUUGGGAGAACUUGAAAAUGAUGACGUCACUAAAAAUAUCACGUUACCGCCGGAUUAUCACACGAAAAUGGGGAUUUAUUUUGAAAAUUCCAUAAGAUUUUUAUCCCUGGAUUCGUGUGCCGAUCACACCGAUGUUAAUCCCAUCGUCAUACAAGAAAGAAUUUCAAUUCCCGGUUCGGAUUUGAAUUUAAUGUAUCAAUCAUCACAAAGUGCCGGAUAUUAUAGUCUUCUUUAUAUGAGACUAACCGGAAAUCAAAUCCCCGACACUUUAACUCACGUACAUUUAAGAGUCGAAAUAGAAGGUUCUAUUUACACGAAAAUGUACGAAGCAGAUCCGGAUUUAACUCACGUAUUCGCAUGGAACAAAAGAAACGUUUAUAAACAAAAGGUUUAUGGUGUCGCUUUAGCCAAAGUAUCCAUAGGUUAUCAAUAUUCUAAUUGUGGUAACGUCAUUUGGGAAACUCAAACGGCUACAUUAAACGGUUUUGUCGUCGACAUAUCCGACAUCGGUGGUUGGAGUUUGGAUGUUCAUCAUCAUUAUAAUUUUCACGAAGGUAUAUUACAAAGAGGUGAUGGAUUGAUGUUGAAUUUGAAAAACUAUCCGAGGAUUGUCAAAGUCCUCAUGGGUACCGGUUUACAGCGACCGCUUAAAUGCACCGAUUGUAACGGUCCGGCAAAAGAUUCGAAACUUUUAACACCCGUGGCUUUAACGACAGGACCGGAUGGUUCUUUAUACGUUGGUGAUUUUAAUCUCGUAAGAAGGAUAACACCCGAGGGUAACGUUUACACCGUUUAUCAACUCAGCGCAACGCAAGUGUCCUAUCAAUAUUAUCUAACCGUGUCACCAGCCGAUGGUAAACUUUAUAUAUCAAAUCCGGAAAGUCAUCAAAUAUUAAAAGUUUUGAUAUUGGAUCCGGUAGAAGAACCUUCACUUAAUGGUGACGUAGUCGUCGGAAGUGGUGAAAGGUGCAUACCUGGUGAUUUGUCCAACUGUGGAGAUUUAGGACCUGCAAAACAAGCUAAAUUAACUCAUCCGAAAGGUUUGGCAAUAGCUUCGGAUAGGACCAUGUACAUAGCUGAUGGUACAAACAUCAGAGCCGUUGAUUCGAAAGAUAUAAUUCACACGUUGGUCGGUCAUCACGGUCACAACAAUCAUUGGCAACCCAUUCCUUGCAAAUCAGCAAUUCCAGCAAAUCAGGCUCAGUUGCAAUGGCCGACAGGUUUAGCACUAAGUCCUUUGGAUGGUAGUUUGUAUUUUAUUGACGAUCGAUUGGUUUUAAAAUUAACAUCGGAUUUAAAAAUAAAAGUCGUCGCGGGUUCUGCAUUGCACUGUCAAAUAAAAAAUAACACGAAUGAUGUUCCCGUGGGUUCAGGUUCCGCACUCGGUUCUCUUCUUGCCAUGGCUUUUAGCCCAACCGGAGAUUUAUAUUUGGCGCAAAGCGAUUCAAGAAAAAUAAACACGAUCAAAAUUGUAGACUCUUCCGGUAGGAUAAGCGAUUUUGCCGGAAAAGAAAUGUGUUGCGAAGUACAAAACGACGACAGCAACAAAGAAACAUUACUUUCGUCAAAUGCAAAACUAUAUCAAAUUUCAGCAAUUGCUGUUGGACCCGAUGGAAUCGUAUACGUUGCUGAUCAAGGGUCACUUCAUAUUCUUUCUCUCGAACAUUACUUACCUGUUCAUGACGAAAAUGGCGAAUUUAAAAUUCCCUAUCCUGCAUUUAUGGAAAUGUACGUUUUCAAUCGUUACGGACAACAUAUCAGUACUAAAGACCUCACGAGUGGUAAAACCAAAUAUAGUUUUCUAUACAGUAAAAACACGAGUUUUGGUAAACUGAGUACCAUAACCGAUCCGAGUGGUAAUAAAAUUUUAUUCCUACGAGAUUACAGCAACGUCGUAAGCACGAUCGAAAACGCACAAGAUCAUAAAUCCGAUCUUAAAAUAAGCGCUGUCGGUUUUCUUGUUAAAUUUUCACAAAAAGGAAAAUCCGAAAUUGAUUUUGAUUACGACAGCAUCAGCGGAUUAUUAACUAGCAGAUCAGAUUCGACAGGAGGAGGAGGUGGUAGAACCGUAAUUUACAGAUACGAUAAAUACGGUCGAGUAUCAACCGUCAUUCUACCGACAGGUGAAAUAAUUUUGUUGUCGUCACAAUUAUCACCUGAUAAUAAAUUAGAAGUUGUCGUGAGUGGAACAAACGACAGAGUGACAACAUUAACCAUGGAUGGUGUGGGAGCUAAACGACUAACAAUCGAACAAAAACUCGUGAGUUAUAAAAAUGGUACCCUUAUCAGUCGAGCGAGUUGGGGUGUUUCCGUCGAUUCUGUAGCCGUUGCUCGAUUUCCGCUUUUAGAAUUGAGUUUACCCAUCGAAGCGGAAAUGUUACCGAUGUGGAGUUUACAGAAAAAUCAAUUGGGUGAAAGUUUUAACGAAAUGGAAUGGAAAUAUUCGUUGGUCGGUGACAUAAACAGCAAAACGCAACAAACGGUGAGAAGAGACAUUUACGUAAAUAAAACAAAAGUUUUGGGAAUCGAAUUAGAUCAAUCUGAUGGAAAAGAAGUCGUAUACAAUCAAGAAGGUGAAAAAUUGCUGACGUUUAACUACAGCAUCGUCGGUUUACCGGUUGCAUGGACCCCACAUUUCGGACAUCCUGUUAACGUUUCUUACGACAGAUUUAACCGAUUGGAAAAAUGGUCUUGGGGCGAACAAACGGAAACUUACACGUACGAAAGACACGGUUUGUUAUCAGGCAUGAGCAAUCCUCACGAUGGCACGAUAGGAUUCUUCUACAACGAUUUAAACAUGGUAAUUCUGUCGAAACUUUCACUUCCGAGCGGUCGAGCUUUUCAAUUCAUGUACGAUUCGGAAGGUGGUAUAAGACACAUAACACUACCUUCCGGUACGAAACAUAGUUUUUCAUGUCAACCGAGUCUCGGUUUCAUAAGAGUCACUUACACUCCUCCUGGAUCUACAAGAAGUUACAUACAACAUUAUUCAAACGAUGGAGCAUUGCUUCAAACGGUUUAUCCGGGUGACGGAGCACGAGUCGUUUACAGAUACCACAAAUCUGGUUUAUUGAGCGAGAUCAUUCACGGGGAUGGAAAAAGCGAAAUAAAUUAUUCGGAAAUAGCAUCCGGAUCACCCAGCGAAGUCACCCACAGUGAAAAAGAUCUAGAAUAUAAAUGGGAUCUGACACAUUCCGGUGGAAAGUUAAUAGAAGAAAGAAUCGAUUUCGGUAGCAAAACCGGAUUGAGCAAUGCAAAAUUAACUUACGAAUACGAUGAUAAUUUUAGAGUGACCAUGAUAACCGGAAGAAUAGGUGGACAAAAUCUACCGGAAUUAAACAUAGGAUAUUCACCGAAAACCGGAAGCGUUGCACAAUUCGGACAAUUUAAGGUAUCGAAUCCGAAAGCAAACGAAACGACCGUUUUCGAUGGUACCGCAUUAUUUUCUAGAAAAAUCAACGAAUAUUUUCAAGAAAUCGAAAUUGCCGUCACAAUACACAGAAUGGAAGUUUUUAGAAUGGAAUUUUCAUACGAUUUAAGAAGUCAAACUAAAACAUAUACGAGAAACGUUGGAGUCAACAGUUAUACGAAUACAAAAAAUUACACUUGGGAUCCUGAUGGACAAUUGAUUGGUGUUGAAGCACAAGAACCCUGGGGAUUCAAUUACGAUGCCAACGGUAACAUGUUGGCAUUGAAUUACCGUGGAAACACGAUACCCAUGGAAUACAACGUCAUGGAUCGUAUAGUAAAAUUCGGAGAAGGACAGUACAAGUACGAUAAUAGGGGAUUCGUUAUACAAAAUGCAAGAGAAGAAAGGUUUCAUUAUAAUGCAAAAGGUUUGUUGGUGAGAGCGACGAAAAGGGGUCGUUUCGACGUUCGAUAUUUUUACGAUCAUCUCGAUAGGCUGUCAUCGAGAAAAGAUAAUUACGGAAACGUCACGCAAUUUUUUUACACCAAUCACAAAAGGCCAAACGAGGUAUCGCAAAUAUAUAGUCCAAGAGAUGGUAAAUUAAUGUCCCUCAUAUACGAUGACAGAGGACAUUUGAUUUACGCACAAGUGUACAGGCACAAAUAUUACAUAGCAACCGACGAAUGCGGUACACCGGUCAUGGUUUUUAAUCAAUAUGGCGAAGGUAUAAGAGAAAUAAUGAGGUCACCAUACGGUCACAUUGUUUACGAUUCGAAUCCAUAUUUAUACUUACCCGUUGAUUUUUGCGGUGGUUUAUUGGAUCAGGUUACAUCGUUGGUACACAUGGAAAACGGUCAAGUUUAUGAUCCGUUGAUAGGACAAUGGAUGACUCCAAAUUGGGAAACGAUACUUUCGAGGAUAUCAUCACCAAAUCAUUUACAUUUAUAUCGUUUUAACGGAAAUGAUCCUAUAAACGUUCGUGCUAAAAAAAGUCAAUUAACAGAUACCGAAAGUUGGUUAAAAAUACUCGGGUACAAUGUUAAAAAUUUAGCACCACAAAUAUAUUCGGAAAAUUUACCUAAAAUCAAUUCGAAUUUGGGUCCCGAAUCCGGUGGCGAACUAUCACCCAAAGGAUUAUUAAAAAAAGAAUUUUUCGUUAAUCCCACGUUUAAAAUAGCAUCCGGUUUCAUAGCAAACAUGGACGAGAAAAAAUUAACCGUCCGAGAAUUAUCAUCGAUACAAAAGAGUAAAGUUAAACAAAUAUCAAUACUCGAAGGUUGGCAAAAGGUAUUGAACGUUGGCAAACCUGGUGCCAAUUCCGAACCACCCUUCGGUAAGGGUAUUAUAGUGUCGCGAACGGUUUCCGGUAUGGCCGUUCUUAACAGUGUGCCAAGUGCUAAUCCAAUAUACAGAGAUGUUUUCACAAGCGUUUUCAAUCGUAGUUAUUUACUCGAUUUAAAACUUUUAAUACACGGCGCGCAACAGGAUGCGUUUUUCUUCGUCAAACCGGAAACGUGGAAAGUUUCCGAAGAUAGAGGUCAAUUAAAACGUCUCGGUUCGCAAGUGAACACGACGUUUCACGAAAAAGAUCAAGAAAUGGCGGAUAUUAAAAUACACAAUUCCGGUACCGUUAUCAAUUUGAGAUACGGUACGACACCUGAAAAAGAAAAAAACAGGUUGUUGCAUCAUGCCAAGGGUCAAGCUCUUAGGAAAGCUUGGCACAGGGAAAGGGAUUUGCUAAGGUUGGGAUUUCCGGGCUCGGUCGAUUGGUCGCAAAGCGAAAUCGAAGAAAUAUUAAAAGUCGGGUAUUCUAUGUCGUUCGAAGGGGAAUACGUGCACGAUAUUAACGUGUAUCCAGAAUUAGCAGAAGAUCCUUUCAACAUUAAAUUCGUUAAAAAGGAUAAUUAUAAAAAUAAUAAUAAUAAAAGGAGAAAAAAACGGUCUUACGUUAAACGUUCGAAUCCCCGUUUAAAUCGGGAUAAAAUGGUAUAUCCCGUUUUUAAAAUUUGA